AACCCAACAAUAUCUACGUUUUUGCCUUCUUCUUUGAAUAAAUAAAUAAAAGAUUAAAAUCCAUUAUCCAAUCCUCCAUUGAUUUGGCUUGCCUUCCCUUUAAGCAGGGAGGGACUGAGAAUUUUCUGAAUGCAUACUCACGCCGCCAUAUCCUUCAAACCUUCAUCCAGUGGCUUGUUCUCUCUCAAUCCAGGAAUCUUCCAAAACCCUAGUUUUGUAAUUCGCCCACUCAGAAACAAGCUUCGUUAUUCCAUUCUUAAUUGCAGAGGCGUUGAAAUUCCAUUUCCUAAACUCCGCCCAAGCAUUAAUUCUGUCAACAAUGGCUCCACAAGUAUCGCCGCUGCUGUCAAAGAUGUUGAUAUUGCUACGCUUGGGAAUCUCUGUGUCGAUAUUGUUCUCAAUGUACCGGAGUUACCUCCUAAGCCUUUAGAACAACGAAAGGCUUAUCUGGAACAGUUGUCCAAAUCCCCGCCUGAUACGCGGUACUGGGAGGCAGGUGGAAACUGCAAUGUGGCUAUAGCAGCAGCAAGGCUUGGCCUACGUUGCAUCUCUGUUGGUCAUGUAGGUGAUGAGAUCUAUGGACGGUUCCUCAUUGAUGUGCUUAGUGAUGAAGGUAUUAGUAUAGUUGGGAUGAAUGAGCGGAGUGAAGCACUUAAUCUUUCAAGUUCUGAAAAUGGAACACUACUGUGCUGGGUGUUAGUGGACCCUUCGCAGAGACAUGGCUUUUGCAGUCGUGCAGAUUUUAGUGCAGAUCCUGCUUUCAGUUGGAUGACCAGACUAUCUACUGAAGUAAAGAUGGCUAUUAGAAAAUCAAAGAUCCUCUUUUGCAAUGGUUAUGACUUUGAUGAACUCUCCCCUAGCCUUCUUGAAUCUGCUCUUGAGUGUGCUGUGGAAUCUGGGACAUCUAUCUUUUUUGACCCUGGACCACGAGGUAGGAGUCUUAUCGCAGGAAGACCUGAAGAACAAAGAACAAUUGGAAAGUUGUUGACGAUGAGUGAAGUGCUUCUACUGACUUCUGAGGAGGCUGCAUCUUUAACUGGUAUCAAAGAUCCAAUUUUAGCGGGCCAGGAUUUGCUCAAUAACGGAGUUUGUACUAAGUGGGUGAUUGUUAAGAUGGGUCCGAAGGGUUCAAUUUUAAUCACUAAGUCGAGCAUAACGUGUGCACCUGCUUUCAAGGUCAAUAUAAUAGACACUGUGGGCUGUGGAGAUAGUUUUGUGGCUGCUGUUGCAUUUGGAUUCAUACAUGACUUGCCCUUGAGUUAUACAUUAACCCUUGCAAAUGCAGUGGGUGCUGCAACUGCUACGGGGUGUGGUGCUGGUAGAAAUGUUGCCAGUUUGGGGAAGGUCCAGGAACUAUUGAAGGAAUCAAAUUUAAACGAGGAUGAGAAGUUUUGGGAUGAAGUACUGAAUGAUAAUGUGAACUCCCGAGAUGUAACUUUACUGUCAAAAAUGGUUGUAAAUGGUAAUAGUCAGGUAAACCGUGUCUCCCUACAAAAGGUGGUAUCCGAAGUGCUGCCCAAGCUUGAAUUUGCGCCAAAGAUGACUGGCUCCUUCAAAUAGACGAUGCAGUUUUUCUGGGACAAAUAAAUUUUGUUGUUGUUACCAUCAUUCUGAUUGAUUGUUGCAUAUUCACCCCUUAAAAAGAAAUGCAUGAGUUGCAGGUGCUCUAGCUUGCGGAUUAUGAAGUGCACAGUUGUAUUAGGGCUGCUACCUUGCUGGUGGUCGAACCGACAGUUUUGUUGAUAGAGUAAGAGGUGUCCAGAUACUAUUCAUGAUCUGCUUGCAUGCAUGCGAGAGGGAUUGGCAGAUAGAUUGAGCGUUAGUGUUUGAGAGAAAUUGCAUGAUCAAGUUGCUUGUGAUUCCUGAUUUUUUCUACGUGCACACAUGAGAAGCUGUGCCUUGCUUCUUGUAAUUUGAUUCUUACAUCUAACAUACAGAAGAAAACAUGGGCAAUCUGUUUUACAAUGGAAGCCAUAUAGCCAUACAUUUCUAGUUUAGGAUGAGUAGAAGACACCAAUUCAUGUUUGCAACACGUCCAUAUUACCAUUUAUGAUACAAAUACUUGGGCACUCAUUUUGUGUGUCCCUUCCCGUUA